AUGAUGCUCAGCAAAGUUGUGAUGGGCCUGCUCACUGUCAGCCUGGCAGCAGCUCAUAUGGAAAUGAGUUGGCCUUAUCCUCUUCGCAGUCGCUUCGACCCACAGGUGCCUGAGGAGGAUAUCGAUUAUUCGAUGACCAGUCCUCUGGACAGCGAUGGCUCUAACUUCCCCUGCAAAGGAUACCAGACCAAUACUCCCUGGCGCGCAACCGCACAGUAUACCGCCGGUCAGACAUAUAACAUGACCAUAACGGGCUCCGCAACCCAUGGAGGUGGCUCUUGCCAGCUCUCUCUGAGCUACGACAAUGGCAAGACAUUCAAAGUCAUCCAGUCCAUGGAAGGUGGAUGUCCACUUGUGUCCAGGUAUAACUUCAAGAUACCUAGGGAUGUCGCUAACGGCCAAGCCCUCUUUGCGUGGACUUGGUACAAUUUGAUCGGCAACCGGGAGUUGUACAUGAAUUGCGCAGACGUGGUUAUCAGUGGAGGUACUGGCAGUCCAUCAUCUUUUGAGAGUGCUUAUCCGGAUCUGUUCGUCGCGAAUGUUGGUAAUGGCUGUUCCACGGUUGAAGGAAAGGAGACGGUCUUUGCCAACCCUGGUGAUCAAGUCAUUUACGGUGGUAAAGUCACUCCGUCAAGCCCUGCAUUUCCUAUUUGCCAUUGAGAGAAUGAAAUUAUCGUCGGUUAGGGUUGAGACCAAAGGAGCAUGUCAUUGUACAUAGUUGGAUUUGCCGAAUGAGAGAAAUAUGUACUCAUCUGCAUACACUUUGACCAGCUGCAUAACCAUUUUCCUGUUCUGGAUGUGAUUUAAGUCAUAUCACUAGGCUGCUGGCACCACCCGUGGGGUCGGAAAUAUCACUUCUGUUAUUGUCGCCACUGACCACCCUGACGAAAUCAGAUUUGAUGACGGCACAGUACUCCGAUCAAAAGCUCAAAGCUCUUUUCUCAGCAGAAGAUUUUAACACCAAGCGGAGAUC